GAGAUGACAUCUCUUCAGGAUGGUGUAGAGACGUGGGCGGAGUGUGCAGGGCUGGUGUGCAAGGGGUGGGGACACGUUGCGUCCGUGGUGCUGUUUGUGCAGGUGGCCUCUGGGAGGGCAGUUUCCAGAGAUGAAUUUCCUUCUCCUUGCCUGGCCCACCACUGCCUAGCCCCGUGGGCUCUGAGGCUGACGGAGAGAGACCCGCCACACCCCUGGGACACUUUGAAUCAAAGCCACCCAGAGUCAGAGUUUGGACAAUCAAGGUGGACCUACCCGCUCAGAAAGAGUGUGGGGCUUCUGUCAAGGGAGACCUCAACGACCUUCCUCUGAAAAGAAAAAUGUCCUUGCAAGUAGGUAAAU